AUGUCCGCGCUAAUCAAGAAACCACCAAAGGACCUCCUACUCUGUGUCUUCGUUCAUGGUUUCAAGGGCGACGACGAUACAUUUCAGGAUUUCCCUUCGAGGGUAGAAUUCCUACUCCAGGAAACAGUCGAGAAUGUGUCUGUUGAAUCGAUAGUCUUUCCCCGAUACGAAACGAGAGGCAGCUUAUCCACUGCUGUGGAAGCUUUCGUCGAGUGGCUCGACCGUGAAGUGCAACAGCGAGAAGUAAAGCGAGCUAUUGAGCUGGAGGGAGAGUACGGCGCCGCGGGAACGGCAAAGGUCGUUCUCUGCGGACACUCCAUGGGUGGUCUGCUUAUUGCAGACGCGAUCACAUCUAUACGACAAAUAUAUCGAGAAGGACCGCUCUGGCCACGCAUCAUAGCCGUCCUCGCGUUUGAUACUCCAUAUCUAGGAGUUCAUCCUAACCUUUACAAGGACAAAGUUGAGGAUUUGCACACCAUCAUUACAGCGAUAGGUGGGCUCGGUUUCGGAGCGGGAGCAAGUACUUCCAAGCCGACGAGUGCUCCGAAACCGCCAACUCCCAAAGCUAUUACCUCAUCGGGAUCUGCAACGCCUACUGGCGCUGGACAGGCUACAAGCUGGGGAACGUGGGCCAAGAUCGGAGGUGCACUCCUUGCAGCAGGCGGCACAGCUGCAGCCGCCUAUUAUCACAAAGACACGAUCACCAGUAGCGUCUCGUCCGGAGUGACUUUCCUAAACGACCACAUGGCAUACGUUGGGAAUCUGUACGACGAGAAAGCUAUGAAGGAUCGGCUCAAUUCUCUGGUUCAGGUCAGCAAGGAUCACAAAAUUAUAUUCAGAGCAUUUUAUACAUACCUACCCAAACAAGUGAAGCUGGGCCAAACUCGACCACGAACAUUCAUCAUCCUGCCCUACAGCAAGACGGACCCAGCUCCAUACUUUGUCCCGGCAGGCAAUGCACGUGCUACCGACGAGAUAAAAGCGCAUAUGGGCAUGUUUAAUCCAAAAACCAACGAUGGAUACUACGACCUCGGAUCAAAGACCGCUCAGUUCAUUCGAGAGGCGAUUCAAUCACUAAUGGAGACUGAAAAGACGAUGCACGUGGAAGAAACAUCGCAAGACCUUGAUGAACAGGAGCAAAUGGAACAGAACAGGGCCAAGGUGGCAGAGGAUGGUCGUGAAGCGCAAGCCGCUGGAGGACCAACGAGACCGCCUGCCGAAGGGGCGCUCUCUGACGAGCGAUAA